AAGAGAAAACGCAGUGAUAUUGUUUUAUACAUGAAAAAGUCUUACGAUUCAACCUUCUGCUUCAAAUUCUUGAGAAGAGGAAAAUGAUAUAUGCGAUUCUUUUCUUGAUGUUUGUACCUGUUGACAGUCAGCCAGAGAACUGUACUUACAUGAUGACAGUCCCAAGGGUUACCAGACCAGGAACAGAAAUUGAUAUUUGUAUCACAAUAUGGAAGAAAGGGUCUGGUAAUGUCAAUAUAGCUGCUGUAUUAAGAAAUAACAAAGGAAAAACGAUAUCUGGAAUUUCAAAGAUAUAUUCGGGGAUAUCAGGAAAACCACAGAUUGUUAAACUGAAGGUUCCAAGUGAUGCCCCGUCAGGAUAUGACUAUCAUUUAGACACUAUUUGUACUGGGUGGAUAGUGUUUUACAAAAAUAUUAACAGGAUCCGAAUUGACUCAAGGAAUGCUUCAAUGUUUAUACAGACAGAUAGACCAAUAUACAAGCCAGGCGAUUUUGUACAGUUCAGAGCUUUUGGAAUAAAACCAUCACUGGAUGUCGUUAAAGCUCCUAUUGAUGUCAUUAUAUUUGAUCCUCUAGGUAAUAGAGUCAAACAAUAUUUGAAAUUACAAGAAGAAUAUGGCGUUGUAUCUGGUUUCUUACAAUUAUCACCGGAAACACAUCUUGGUAGAUGGGCUAUAGAAAUGAACCAGAUGGGACAAAAGAAAAGAGAAUACAUCGAAGUGAAAGAAUACGUGUUGCCAAAAUUUAACGUUGAAGUGUCGGUACUCGGAGAAAAUUUUGUGCAAGAUGACUUUGUUACUGUGAGAGUAACCGCAGCAUACACAUUUGGAAAGCCAGUAGAAGGAUAUGUGUUUCUCAACGUAACUCGUACCUGGAGAGAAAGAGAUAGUUUAUUUGUAAAGUAUCAAAAGAUAAACGGGAAAGUUGAUAUCAAAAUUCCAAUGUGGUCCCUUUAUCCUGUGUUUGGAACUUACUACAAACUCUUCGUAAAAGUGAACGAAACUGUGACUGGAAAGGAAGCAAAUGAUACAACAAAUUUACAACUAUAUACCUACAAACAUAAAGUCGUGUUCUCACAGAGUAUGCCUUAUACCUUUAAACCUGGACUUAAAUAUACAAUCAUUAUGAGGAUAGAAAAGUCAGACGGAAGUAGCAUCGGAACACCACCGGGUACUGUCAGAAUGAUCAUAACUUAUGAUUUUAUCGUCAAGAUCAAAAAGAGAUCAUUAAAUCAAUCUAGAAAGACCGAAAUCUUCUUUACAAAAACAAUUGACGUUGACAAAUCUGGAGUUAUAAUUCAACAAGUUUUAUUUCCUAAACUUGCAGUGAAUUGCAGAAUUUAUGUUGUAUACAAUGGGCGAUAUCUGAGUUCUAAGUCUAUAUCAAAAGCAACCUCACCAAGCAAUAACUAUAUCCAGGUUAGAAAGAGGAGAGAACGGUCAAGUGUACAGCCGGGAAGGAAGUUACAGCUUACAGUUCAAGUUACAGAGCAAAUACGUUCUUGUUACUAUAAAGUUUUUUCCAGAGGAACAGUUGUACAGCAAGGGAUAUUCAAAAUGCAUCGGUUAUCAAGGAAACAAACUAUACGUGUUACUCAUGAAAUGACUCCAUCAUUUAAAAUACUCGUUUACUAUGUGAGACGAUAUGGAGAGGUUGUUGCUGAUGCCGUAACAUUUUCAAUAAAAGAAAUCUUCAGGAAUAAAGUGACCAUGAAAUUUGAUAAGAAAGUUGUUGAGCCAGGUAAUCCAGUGAUAUUAGAAGUCAAAGCUGACCCAGGGUCACUGGUUAAUAUCUUAGCUGUCGACAAAAGUGUAUUGUUACUUGGGAGUGCAAAUGAUAUCACAGCCAACAAUGUACUAAAAGAGUUACAGAGGUUUAAAAAUACAAGAUUGCCCCUUCUUAAGGAGGACUGGGAUUCAAUAGUUUCAGUCGUGGACAGCGGAGUUGAUUCAAACACCGUGUUCUCUAAUAGCGGUGUAUAUGUUUCGACAGAUUGUCUGUUGAUUGGACGUAGAAAAUCAGCGAUAUCAUCGGCACAUCAGAGAUCUAGUGCUUUAAGGAUUGCCAGUAGUGGAAGUCAAUUACGCUCGUCGUUUCCUCAAGCUAGGUCUAGAGUCGGUGCUGCUGGUCCCACGGGGGUUAGUACUCCCCUUGCAUCUCCUACACGUACAAGAACAAGAUUUCCAGAAACCUGGUUAUGGUUAAAUACGACCACAAAUCGAAAGGGCGUUGCCUCCGUAACAUCACUAGUUCCAGAUACAAUAACCCAAUGGAUAGCAACAUCUUUUGCUGUAAAUCCCCGAACUGGCUUGGGUGUAGCGGCUAAUCCUGCCAAAAUCACAAAUUUUCAAAGAUUCUUCAUGCGGUUUGAGCUUCCUUAUUCAGCAAUACGGGGAGAAAUACUAAUUCUACAGAUUACAGUUUUUAAUUACAUGGAAGAAGAUCUAGAUGUUCACGUGAGUCUCAACAAAAAUGUCAACUUAACGUUUGUAGAUGUGAAAGGUAAAGCAGUUGUUCCUAGGGGAAAGGCAUGGACAAAGAUGGUUUUCAUGCCAAAAGAGACAGUUAAGUCCGUGUAUUUUCCAAUCAUUCCAACAAAAAUAGGCCGAACCUUACUAGAUGCGAAUGUCAGAUCUAAAGCUGCAGCUGACGCUGUGCAGAGGCCACUCUUAGUAAAGCCAGAAGGUAUCCGAGAGAACUAUAAUAUACCUGUAGUUAUUGACCUGCGUAGAAAUAGGACGUUUUCAACAAAUGUUCGCAUAAGUUUACCACGAUUUGUCAUUCCGGAUUCAGAGUUUAUAAAGGUAUCUGUCAUAGGUGAUUUGAUAGGUACAACACUUGCCGGAGUAGAAGAUUUGUUACGUAUGUCUUAUGGUUGUGGUGAACAGAACCUAGUUCGAUUUGUACCAAAUGUCUUUAUAUCUGUGUAUUUGAAAAUAACAAACAGGCUGACAAAUGACAUAAAAGACAAAGUUGACAGAUACCUGUCUGCAGGUUACCAAAGACAGCUAUCAUAUUCUCGUUUUGAUGGAUCAUUCAGUGCGUUUGGGAAACGUGACAGAUAUGGAUCUACAUGGUUAACGGCUUUUGUUGUGAAAUCAUUUGCGCAAGCAGCAGAUUUGACUUACAUUGAUCCGAACGUAAUGCGGAAAGCUAUUCAAUUCCUGAUCAAUAAACAAGACAGAAAAAAUGGCGAAUAUAAAGAAAAAGGGGUUGUCUUAAACAAAGGCAUGCAGGGAGGCUCAGCAUCAAGUGCUGCCAGUUUAACAUCGUAUGUUGUUAUUGCUCUGCAUGAGGCAUUGAUACGUAAGCAGAUUCCAAAUGAUACGAUUGAAAAAACCCAGGAAUCGAUUAAAAAUGGAAUUAGCUUUAUUGUUAAAGUUUUAGAGAACCGUAGUUCCAUUUUUCAGGAUAAUCUGUAUGAACUUGUAAUUUCUACAUAUGCUUUAACAUUAUUGGAUGCUCCUUUAGCCAAAUCACUGUUACGACAGAUUGAAAGAUACUCGUCUACAGAAGAUGGAACAAAAUACUGGAAAUUACCAGAUAAUGCAGCGAACACGAUUCAGCCCUACAUACGUUGGAAACCACCGAAAGUAAACGUCAGAGCACUUGAUAUUGAAAUAACAUCAUAUAUUCUUCUAAUAUACAACAGAAGAAAUGAUAUCGAAAAUGGAGUGCGGGUCGUUAAAUGGUUGAAUAAACAAAAGAACCCAUUUGGUGGAUUUAUAUCAACACAAGAUACUGUAAUUGCCAUACAAGCAAUCACUGGUUUUGCAGAAAAGGUUUUUGUAGAACAAUUUAAUGCAGUGUUAAAUGUGAAAGGAGAAUCGUGGAAUGGUCAUACUUUUACGGUUGACAACAAAAAUUCGUUAGUUUUACAGUCAGUGGAUGUUCCAUCAAGCAUACGGAAAAUAUCUAUAGACUGUGCAGGAUCUGGGUUUCUCAUGUCUGAGGUAGCUGUGUUCUUCAACGUACCAGAAGAACUUCGGAAGCCAGCAUUUUAUUUACGUACUACAAUUCUAAAUGAUUCUGUUCUUGGAUUUAGGUUGAAACUUUGCUUCAGCUGGUUACGAGAUGGUAACAGCACUAUGGGAUAUAUGGAAAUUGCUCUACCUACCGGAAUGGAGGCUGAUCUAGAUUCCAUGAAUACUAAUAGUACAUAUGGUCUUUAUAAGAAAAGAGAGAUUAAUUCCGAUCAACUUGAUUUGUACUUUGAUUGGAUCACAACUAAGGAAAUGUGUGUAGAAAUCAACAUUGACAGAGUAAGCCUUGUAGCAAAACAAAAACCAGUACCUGCUAGACUGUCAGAAUACUAUGAACAAAGUAAUGAAGUAAUAAGAAUGUACCAGUCUAAAGUUUUGUCUGAGGCUUCUGCAGAUGAUGUUUGUGGGCAGGAUCGUUGUCAGUAAAAGGGCAUCAAAGAUCAUAUGCACCUUUUCCCAAGAUGUACAGCAUAUUACAAUAAAAUUGAAAAUGUC